AUUUGAUGAAAUUUUCGUAGUCAUUGAAUAUUAAUCUUUAUUCAUUUAUUUAUCUUUAGGGUUAGCUAUAAAUAGCCCUCGAGUUAAGAGUUUCACAGUGGAGCCAUUUCAGACGCAUUUUGCUUUUUAUUAUGUUUCCUAAUUUAAUUAAUUAAUCAUCUGAAUUAAAAAUUUCAAGCUUCACGGUGUUCAACAAAAUGCUGCCACAGCGCCUUUUCCGCGUUUCCAGGUUCACCAACGCCGCCGUCACCAACUGCCGGAUCUCCUCGCCGUUCGCCGCCGCGCAGGCCGGAGCGACGAGCAGUCUCGCCUCAGAUCCAGGCGACGACGGCGUUUUCCAACGAUUCCUCAACAACCAAUCGCCUCCGGCGGCGGCGGCGGCCGAUCUCCGGUUCCUCCCGAGCGGGGAGACGCUUCUGGAGAAGCUCCGGGGAAUGGACAUUGCGAGGCAGAGGAUCCGGCUGGACGCCCUCAGGCCGCCGCCCGCGGCGGAGGCGGAGGCGGAGGAGAAGGAGUCUCCGCCGGAGGGUGCGAUCACGGUGAAGGACGCCGUGAAGAUCCUGAGGCUGUCUCAGCUUGAGGCGGUGAAAUCUAGGCUGAGGCAGAUCGAGAGGAACUGUAUCCCUUACCCUGAAUUUGUGCAAAUUUGUGCUAGGGAUUGCUCGAGCGUUGAUCAAGGGCUGGAAUUCGCUAAGAUGCUCGAUCAAUCGGGGAACGUGAUUGUUCUCGGGAACACGGUGUUCCUCAGGCCUGAACAGUUGGUGAAAGCGGUGCGAGGACUAAUCCCUGUUCCCACACCAGCCCCCGCCAUAGAUGACUCAAGAAUGCAAGAACUCCGUGAAUUGGAGAAGAAGAAAUCCGAAAUCGACAGCAAGGCGAAAUCGCUGGUCCAGCGUGAGCUAUGGUGUGGGCUCGCGUACCUGAUUGUCCAAACCGCAACUUUCAUGAGGCUGACCUUUUGGGAACUAUCGUGGGACGUGAUGGAGCCCAUUUGCUUUUGCGCGACCUCGCUUUAUUUCACGGGUGGAUAUGCUUUCUUUUUGAGGACAUCAAAGGAACCGAGUUUCGAGGGGUUUUUUCAGAGUAGGUUCGCGGCAAAGCAAAAGAAGUUGAUCAAGGCUGAGAGGUUCAAUAUCGAGAGGUAUAAUGAGCUGAAGAAAGUUUGUUAUCCGUACUCGUCGGAUGAGGAAACGGGCAAUAAAAAUGUCAUGUUAACUUCGUCUUAUCGUUCUUCUUCUCCAGCUGUGCUCUAAUCAAAGUUGUAUACUGUGAUUUGAUCAUGUUUCAAUAAGAAAAGAGAAUGAUAUUGUUGUUGUUGUUGUUGUUGUUGUUUUUAGGCU